UUGAAGGGAGGGAGGAUUGCAUCAGGGGAACUGCCUGUCCUAGAGGGCGCGUGGGGGCGGGAUCUUGGUGAAUUGAAGCUGAGAAGUCAAGUGCGGCGGUGGCGGAAUGAGCGCGAUCAGGGGAGGGGUGCGCUAGGAAGCCGAAGAGGGAGGAAGGGUUCAGAUCAUAGAGUUUGGAACGCCCGUGGGUGGAGGUUGGAUGGUAGGAGGGCAGGAAUGGUGAGGCGACCACUUCUAGGAGGUCACAGAUGUAGAUGAGAGAUGGUGGCCUACGGUGGUGGCAGUGGGUAUAGGAGAAAAUUGGAGCUGUCGAGAUGAUAAUUAAAAAUUGACAAGACUUUUGGAUUAGAUAUGGGAUUUGAGUGAGAGGUUAGUAUCCAACGAUGAUUCGAAGUUUCUGACCUGAGUGAAUUAUAUAAAACAAAACAAACCAAUUUGACGUUUGCUAGGGGGCCUUUUUCCCCUAGUGUAAAAACAAAAACCACAAAAAAUUUUUCCUCCCUAGUUAUAUGUACUCAUUAUAUUUUGUGUGCACACUGCAGAAAAUUCAGAACAUAUACACAAAAAUAUUUUUUAUAGAAAACAAUAAAAAUUACCUGCAAUUCUGCUAUCCAAGAUGGCCGUACUUUGGUGUGCUUCCUUUAUGUUUUUGCUUUCUGAGUGCAUCUUUUUAUAUAAUUGGGUAUACAUUCUGUCUGUAUCUAUUUUUUUUCCAUUGGACGUUAUCAUGAUAAUAAAGGUUGAACUGCUGUGUGCUAGGACGUUAUUCACAAAUUUUAUUCUUUCCUGAUUGUAACAGAAAAGAUCAGAUGUAAUUCCAGCAAGUCAAGGAUAACUUUUUGUUGUAUUUUUCUUUCAAUAUUUUUUCUUUUUGUGUACCUUUUAAAAAACCCCACAAUUUGUGUCACAUUUUGUGUUUUGUUUUCCAAUCAGAUGUGAAGUACUUAAUGUUAUUUAUUGCUAUAUUUACACAUCCUUAACUACUCUUCAAGACUAGUUUUUAGUGGUUGUUUAGUAAAAACCAAUCCUCUGUUACUAGUCAGGUAGGUUUUCAACUUUUUACUCUUAGGAUGAUGAGAAGGACAUCUUAUUACAUAAAUCUUCAGAUUGCCAAUUUAUUCCUUAAGAAAAAUGCUAGCAAUGGAACCUAGGUGAAAGGAUAAAAUGAACCUAUAAAAUUGCCUCACCCAAAUAUCUCAUUGGGACUGUAAUUGAAAUUGUUUUAAAGAUCAGAUUUUUGCAGUGCUUAGUUUUUCCAUUUCAAAGAUAGAUUAUGUCUUUCCAGUUAUUUGUAUUUUAUGUCCUUGUUAAAUUUACGUCUAUAAAGGGUCAGUAUUAUUAUUUAAGAAUUGUACCCUCGUGGCUAAAUUCCCAUGUGUGAAAUGAAUAUCUUUGAGUUGUGUCAUACUUUCUUCUAUAAGAUUAUUUUCUUUAUAUUUGUGUCUAGGUUCUGCUAAAAUAUAAACAAAUGGUGAGAUCAGAAAGCUAAAAAGACCAAGUUAGAGUGAGGUUUCCUUAAUGCUAUAAGUAACCUGUGGUCUAAACAAUUUUUGGUUUUCUGCUCCUAGUUGUCUGUUGGGAAGCUACCCUUCUUCCAUGCAUCAGAGCCUGCUUUAUCUGCACAGCCAGGGGGCCAGGUGUCAACCUUGAUCCUUUCCCAGGAAUGGUAAAGGAAGCUAGAAACAGCUCAGCAGGGUUAGGAAGACAGUGUCUCAUGAGAAUGCCAAAUGUUUUGGGGUGGAUUUUUCUAGUUUAACAGUUCUACAUCUCAUUAUUCAAGUUACUUUAAUAUAUUUAAUUGUUAGUAAGGAUAUUUGUUUGUUAGUGACUUACAGUUGUUAACUUUUGGUCUUUUGGUCUUGUGCAAUAGAAUCUUGCUUAUCGAAGAAAUGCAGUUAACACAUCAGCUGGACCUAUUUCCCGAAUACAGGGUGACCCUUCUGUUAUUUAAAGAUGUAAAAAAUGCUGGAGACUUGAGAAAAAAGGCCAUGGAAGGUGCCAUUGAUGGCUCAUUAAUAAAUCCUACAGUGAUUGUCGAUCCAUUUCAGAUACUUGUGGCAGCAAACAAAGCAGUUCACCUCUACAAACUGGGAAAAAUGAAGACAAGAACUCUAUCUACUGAAAUUAUUUUCAAUCUUUCCCCAAAUAACAAUAUUUCAGAGGCCUUGAAAAAGUUUGGUAUCUCGGCAAAUGACACUUCAGUUCUGAUUGCUUAUGUUGAAGAGGGAGAAAAACAAAUAAAUCAAGAAUACCUAACAUCUCAGGUAGAAGGUCAUCAAGUUUCUCUCAAAAAUCUCCCUGAAAUAACAAAUAUUACGGAAGUCAAAAAGAUAUAUAAACUAUCUUCACAAGAAGAAAGAAUUGGGACGUUAUUGGAUGGUAUCAUUUGUAGGAUGUCAACAAAAGAUGUUUUGUGAAAUGACAGAAAUAUUAAAAAUUUUCAGCAAUUAUAAAAACCAUUCAUUAUUUUUUCCAGAUUAUAAAAUCUAUUAUGUUUGUUGUAGAAAAAUUUAAAGCACAGAAUGGUAACAAAGGAAAAAAAAUAAAACCAUUCCUGAUCCUAUCUCUUAAUAUUUUAAAAGAUAACCAUGGUUACUGUUAUUUGUUACUGCCUUCUAGUCUUCUGUUUCUGUUCAAAUAUAUUUUAUUUUUAUGUAAGUGGAAUAAUUGCUAACAUUUAUUGGGUGUCUACAAUGUACUGAGUUCUUGUUUUCAUGACUUUAUAUCCCUCAGCUCAUAUUCCUGCACUUCCUUCUGGCUACUCCAGCAUUGCUGUUCCAAGCCUCCUGGUUCCAAGUUUUUACAUGCAAGAAUUCAUUUAAUUAUCACAGCAUCAUAUGAGGUAGAUACUGUUAAUACUCCCAUUUUACACAAAGGCAACUAAAAGGUUGUAGAAGUAAUAAAUAACUUGCCCGAGGUUUUACAGCUAAAAGUCAUGUUUUAUAAAUGCUUUGGUUUUUUGGUUUUUUUUUCUAUUUUGUCUUAAAAUAUGAUUGUGUCAGUCAAGAUAGAGUAGGUUAGGGGUCAGCAAACUUUUCUGUUAAGGACAAGGUAGUACGUAUUUCCGGUUCUACAGGCCAUGUGGUGUCUGUUGCACCUACUCAGCUCUUGCUGUUGUAGCGCUGAAGCAUCCACAGACAGUAUAUAAAUGAUACACACAGCUGUAUCCCAGUAAAACUUUAUUUACAAAAAUAAGUGAUGGGCAAGAUUUGACCAGAGGGCAGUAGUUUCUGGACUCCUAGGUUAGAUUGGGCUGUAAUUUAGGGUCCCUAAAGCUCCUUGGUUUCAUACGACAAAAGAUUGUCUUGCUCACUCCACAUAGCCACUGUGAAUCAGUAGGAAGACUCAUUGCAGUGACUCAGGAAUCCAGUCAGCCAAAGGCUUUAUGUCAGCAUGUGCUCUGUGGGUCACUGCGCAGCUGGAAGUUACGCUGUGAGUUACAUGGUGGCUCUUAAAGCUCCCAUGUGGAAGUGACAGAUAUCGCUUAUCUCAUGUUUCACUGUCCAGUCACAUGGCCGUGCCAACAUCAAAAGGGGUGGGGGAGUGCGAUCCUGCACCAUGAUAGAGAAUGGAGAGGUAGAAAUCCUUAGGGGACAAACAUGUAUUUCCAUUGUGGUCAUAAAUAAUAAGGUACCAAAGCACAUCGUUAGCGUUUCUUGCAGGUGCUGCGCUAAGCUCUUUAUAUGCACUGCCUCACAUAGUCCUCUCUACAACCCUAAGAGAUUUUACCACCUUCAAGGAAGCAAAUUUAGUCUCUGAACUCUAUUUCAAAAGGUUUCAAACCUACAGAACAACUGAAAAUAAUACAAUGAACAUCCAUGUGACUUUCAUGUGAUUUCACUAUUUGUUAACAUUUUGCUACAUUUGUUUGCUUUUCUGAAAUAUUUGAAAGUAAAUUGCAGACCUCAUGGCACUUCACCCUACAUUGUGUUUAGUUGUUAUGUCUCUUAGUCUCCUUUAAUCUAAAACAAUCUUUUUUUUAAAGA